AUGGCCAUUAGCGAGGCUGUCGAUCAGAUCAGAGUGUCACCAGAGCCGAAUCGACGGCGAUACAGCCCGCGCCACUCAACCCCGCAGUCCGUCUCGUUCGUUCGUCGCCGUUCCUCUCCCACUGCGCCCUCCGCACCACCACGCGCCAUGCCUCGCCACGCCCUUCUCCCGCCGCGUCUCCGCCUCGCGCUGCUCCUCGCAGCAGUCGCCGCGUGCUUCGUCCCGUUAGCGACAGUAGCGGGGACGCCUCUAGCGGGACCGGAGUGCGAGAGCGAGUUCCCGCGGCUGUGCAAGUUCGUGGACGAUCUGCGCGACUCCAUUCCCGAGCAGAUCGACGCCGCCACCGGCGCGCCCAUCCGCAUCGGCGCCUACCAGAUCCGCCAGGCCAGUUCCCCAAUCCCCCCCAUCCGCCCCCUGCUCUUCCGCACGCACUUCCGCUUGCUCGCUUCUCCUUCCGCUCCUUGCUUUCUCGUUUUCCCUGCCUCUCUUCUCUUCCCCUCUCGCCCCUUCCUGACGCCUCUCCGACACCUUCCCCCACCCCCCACGGGCUGCAGAAGCUGCACCGCGAUCUGCCGCCAACGAAGCUUGACGCACCGGCACGGGGGCGAGCAACCCUCCUUCUCAGACGGGCACCCCGAGGCAUGGUUCACGCAGUACAGCGAGGUGGGGCGCGCCUUUCGCACGCGGCUGUACCACUACCCCAACCACCAGCUGCCCACCACCCUCUGGUACCACGACCACGCCAUCGCCAUCACGCGCCUCAACAUCGCCGCCGGCCUCACCGGCUUCUUCGUCCUCACUGACCCGCGCGGGGUGGAGAGGACUCUUGGGUGGCUGCCGCAGGGGGAGUUCUGCGUGCCGCUGGCGCUGUCGGACCGGAGGUUCUUUGCCAACGGGUCGAUUGAUUAUCCGAGGCAGGGCGUGCUGCCGCGCGUGCACCCGCACUGGGUGCCCGAGUACCUGGGAGACAAAAUCCUCGUCACUGGCAAGGUGUGGCCGUACCUGAAGGUGCGGAGGGCGCUGUACCGCUUCCGGGUGUUGGGGGCGGCCAACACGCGCUUCUUCAAUCUGCGCUUCAUCUGCGCCACCCCCCGCAACUACCCCCACUUCACCCCGCCCUUCUCUGGCAACAAGCUGCCCAUCAUUGUGGUGCGUGCCAGCCACUGUGAAUUUCUACUCUUCCCCACCACCACUCCAUGCCUCUCCGCACCCCUGUACCAACCUGUUCCAACCCCUGCACCUCACGAAUCACCUCUACCCCUGUACUACCCCGACUUCAUUCCGCCCUUCACGUGCGUCGCAUGCGUGCUGGAUUCUGAUUUGCCGCAGCUGCUCUGCACCCACUUCCCCAGCACCACUCCGCACCACUCAACCAACCCCCAAAUUCCCUCAACCCCUUCCCUUUGCACCUGUCCCCCCGUCCACUCCCCCGCACCCCCACCUUCCACUCAUCAGAUCGGGUCGGACGGGGGCUACCUCCCGCGCCCAGCAGUGCGCACGUCACUGCUGGUGGCGCCAGCGCAGCGGUACGACAUUCUCAUCAACUUCUCCUCCCCUUGCAACCUCCAUCCCCCUCUUCCCUUCAGAUCGGAGCGGUACGACAUUCUCGUCGACUUCUCCUCGCUGCGCUCCUCCUGUGCUGACGUCAUCCUCACCAACGACGCCCCGGCGCCCUUCCCUGCGGGCGAGCCAGUGACCAACGACACGGCUGUUGUCAUGCGCUUCAUUGUCGACCACCACAGCCCCCGCCUGCCCGCCCCGCGCAUUCCUAAGAGCCUUGUGUGUACCCCGUGUCUCAUUCUCUCACCAUAUCUCUCCCUCCCUCGCCCCAUCUCUCCGUGCGUCCUCCAGCCGGUGCCCCCCGUGGACACAUCUCGGGUGGUGGUGGAGCGGUGGAUCACAGCGGUGGAGGAGACAGACCCCGCCACGGGGCAGUCCAUCCGCCUGCUGCUGGGCGACCUGCCCUACAGCGCCCCGCCCACUGAGACGCCCCGGGAGAACUCGGAGGAGCUGUGGCACCUGAUUAACCUGACGCCGGACGCGCACCCCAUCCACCUGCACCUCAUUCAGCACCGCCCGCUGUGGCGCCGCCCCUUUGACCUCGCCGCCUACAGCAACGGCACCUGCUCCUUCACCAACGCGGCGCUGCCGUCGUGCUUCACGGGCGCGCAGCAGCCCGUGGCGGCGUAUGAGCGCGGGUGGAAGGACACCACCAUCCUGCCACCCGCCACCGUGCUCACCCUCUGGACGCCCUGGUACUCCCAGGACGGCACGCCCUUCCCCUUUGACGCGACACGCGGGCCGGGGUAUGUGUGGCACUGCCACAUUGUGGAGCAUGAGGACAACUCCAUGAUGCGCCCCCUCAUCAUCACCAAGUGA